AUGAAAGCAAUGGAAAGGGAGGGCGCUGGCCGGAGAAGUGUAACAUAUAAGGGUCAUUUUCAAUGGCCAUCUAAAAAUAGCAUAUUAACAACACCGGAACGGAAACGUUCAAGACGUUCUACAAGCUUCGCUGAUUCCGGUUUAGGUUCAUCCAUAUUUGGUUCACCUCCCUCGAAAUCAGUUACUAUAUCAGACACUGCUCCUAUGUUAAAGACACCAACAAGGAAGAGGUCACCGAAUACGAACUCACCCUCCUUACAGUCACCACUAAAAUCUUUUCUUCAUGUGUCUGCGUUUAGUGAUGCCUUCUGUCCACCAGAGAACUGUUCGCCUCCAUCGAAGUUCCGUUUAUCGGAUCCAGAUAGUGCUGUUGAAUACAGAUUUAGUGGGAUAAGUGUGCCAGAAAAUGAAACACCUAUCAAUAUGGCAGACGAUGCAUUGAAUGGAGCGAUACCAUCUACUUCUUUCAAAGACUCCUCUUUCCGGUCGUCACUUGAUGAUGAGAAUGAUGAUAGCAUAACGGACUCUGCUAUUUCAUAUGGGAUGGUGGAAACACCAAGUAAAGGAUUUAAGAACGAAAUGAAUAUGGUCACGGGUUUUAUUGAUGACAACUUUUCAUUGCUUACAUCAACCCCAUUGAAUAUCAGUCCAAAUGAUGACAUUUCAAGGAGCCAUGGUUUCAUACCCUCACAUUAUACAAUUCCUGAACAAGCUAAUGGUCCGCUGGAAAGCAGUUUGUGUGAACCGGUCGAUCAGUUUAGAUUACACACUGCUGGUUUUUUAUCUCCUGUGAAAAGCACUGAUACGGAAGCUAUAGUUUUACCAGUAACGAGGAUAAAUCAGCUAGAGAAGAUAAAUCUUUCGCAACAAAGGAUUGAACACUUCUAUCCAAGGUUUCCAAGUAAUUCAGCAGCUGCAAAUUUAAAUCGGGUUUAUCUUCGUGAAACCAACUACAAUAACAGGCCAUUCAGGCCACCAGCAAAAGCGCUUAAACUGAUAGAAAUGACUCGAAUGGCUAGAAUUUUCCUAGAAGGUAGUCAGCCAAUUUUUCCACAGUGA